AUGGGAAACGAUCAAUCAAAUCAGAACGUCGACAUGAGAACACGCCGAAGUCUCGAUGCGUCGAUGUUCAACAAGACAAAGUCCGCAACCCCAAGACCGUCAGUGGCGCACGCUUCACCAUCUCCAAACCAUCAUCGACGCUCUGCCGAUUUUCAAGGGGCUUCUCCACGUCGAUCCCUUUGUGAGCAAAUGGGAAAUAACGUUCCGUCAAGGCGAAUGAGCCGCGCAACGAUUCACCUCGAGAACAGUACGUCGGAGAAUGCCUCGUUCGUCGAUUCUCUACAUCUUUCGCCACACCAAGUGCAUUUACUCGUAUCAACCUGGCCGCGAAUUAAGUCAACCAAUGGGAUUUUUGUUCAAGUUUUCAAGCUUCUGAUGACGCGUUCGACGGUGGCUCGCGACAUGUUCCAAAAAAUGUCGAUUGUCGGCGGAUUUGCGGCGAAUCAAAAAAUUUGCGAUUUGAACUCGCACGCCAAACUUCUCAGCGAGCUUCUUGACAAUCUCAUGGCCGACCUUCAACAGCCCGCAAAAAUUGUGCAGGCGAAAUGUCAGGAUGUUGGCGCGGCGCAUGUGAGCAUGAACGAAAAAUGUUGCGGAACGGUUUUCGAUCAGCUCGGAGAAUGUUUUACGGAGAUAAUUACAAAAGUUGAAUGUGUUCGCUCAAAACGAGAAGCGAUGAAAAGCUGGAUCUGCCUUGUUUCGUAUAUUGUGGAUAACAUCAAAAGCGGAUACAUGGAGGAAUGGUCUAAAAUGAAGAGAAGCGGAAUGCAAACUGUACCAAAAACUGAAGCUUCGAUUCUUUGCGUUUAUGGAGCUGUUAAAAAAUUUCGACCAGCUACACCAUUUCUGACACCGUUUCUGACGUCGUCGCAGAAGAAUCUCACCCUAGAAGAAGUGUACUCCGAAAUUUAUCCAUAUUGGACCUAUUCUUAUUUAGUAGCACUGAUUCCAAUGUUCAUACUUACCGAUAUUCUUCGUUAUAAGCCAAUUAUUCUAAUUGAAGCGUUGAGUUUAGUGGCAACGUGGUGUUUGCUGGUUUUCGGAACGGGAGUUCUUCAAAUGCAAUUCAUGCAAGCUUUAUUUGGAAUUUCAUCUGCAGCUGAAAUCGCUUAUCUUUCCUACAUCUACUCGAUUGUGGAUUCUAAACAUUAUCCAAAAGUUAGCUCUUAUGUCAGAUGUGCGGUUCUUCUAGGAAAACUUGCCGCGUUCGCAUUGGGUCAGCUAUUAGUCUCAACGAAAAUGUGCGACUAUUUAAUGCUAAACAAGACAAAAUACAAUUGUAGAUUAUUAGAUGAUGAAUUUGGUGGCAAAAUCGAUGUAUUCGGAAAAACGUUUGCCCAGUUGAAGAAUUGCGCGAAAAAUCGAAAUUUGCUUUUAUGGUCCCUCUGGUGGGCGUUGGCCAGUUGUGGGACAUUUCAGGUUCAAAAUUAUAUUCAAUCGCUUUGGAAGGAUAUACAAAAAGACUCUACAUAUGAAGUGAACGGAAUCGUGGAAUUUGCGCAAACUUUUAUUGGGGCCAUACUAACAUUUGGUACUCAAUAUUCAUCAAUAAAUUGGGUGAAAAAUGCACCAUAUAUCAUGCCAACAACCUCAUUCCUAAUCGCAAUUCUCCUUUAUAUUAGUUCAAAAACACUCAAUAUUCUCGUUGCUUAUAUUUCCUAUAUUGUGAUAAAUUCGAUAUAUCAUAUGCUUAUCACCGCGGCGUCAGCCAAUAUUGCUGCUGAAAUCACCACGAAUAGUCGAGCUCUCGUAUUCGGCUGUUGUACGUUUGUCGCAGUUUUUAUGCAAACAAUUCUAACAUUGGUUGUGGUUGAUUCACACUUUCUACACUUCAAUAUACGAGCUCAGUUCUUCAUUUAUUCGUGCUACUUUGCUGGAAUCGCUGUGUUCUUUCUCGUUUUCACAAUAUACCUUAUAUGUUCAGAAUUGAAUAAAUAG